AUGAGCCGAUAUAUCCCAGAAUGUUGUAUAAAAUGUUCAUUCUUUUUUCUCUUUCAGUGCCAAAAACUUGAACAGACACAUUCGAGCGAAAGCAUACCUCCAGGUUUGGAUUUAAACAGCACAUCUCAUAAGAGGUGCAGAGAAGAGGAGUAUUGCUCUGAGAGCACAAAGAAACCGUGUCUUCUGGGUACCAAACUUGUGAGAACAGAGACUAAUAAACUCACUCCUGGCACCUUGCAAAGAUCCUCACUGGAUCCUCAGACGUCACAGACGAGCUCUUCAGUCUUUGAGUUAUCCCUCAAAACAACAGACACUUUCUUGAGGGCUGAUACAGCAUGCUCAACCUUACCAACCACACUCAACCCCUCUCGGUUAAACUCCCCAGGUUCAAAGAAACCCCCAGCAGGAGCAAAGCAGGGGUUUAUAACCACGGAGAAUGAUGUAGUGAUGUUAAGAUUGACUUCGACUCCCUGUGAGGAGACUCCAAAAAAGCAAAAUGAGGGAAACCCAAAAAAGGAUAAAUCCCAUUCUGCUGGAGGUUCUCGGGAGUCCAGUAAACCUCAGCACGUUGCUCCAGUAAGCACAAAAUCUGACUUUGGUAUCCCAGUUAAGACGGAGAGCAAAAAAAUAAAUGGCAGCAGAACAGCAGAGCACAGUAAGGCAAGUCGAGUACGAAGACCAUCAGCGGUCCUUGACGAUGUGGAUCAGCUCUUCACCCCUGAUUCCAAUGUUUAUGUAGUCAGGCCUCCAUGUAAGACCCCCAAAUCCAAGAUGGAGGAGCCGACGAUAAAAUCUCCUACCUCAAAGUCAGGUUUCAGCCCUACGUCCAACUGCAUUCCAACCGUUACACCCGCAUCUUGUCCUGUCACACAACCUGCACAUGGAGUGUCUAAAUUGGCCCUCUGUUUGCCAACUGUGGCUCUAGAACGUUUAAAACUGGAAAAAAUAAGCAUUUGUUCUAAAGAUAGUAUCAAAACUAGUCCUCCUGCGAGUACUCCAGGAAAACAACCCAAGAAUGAGAACGUAAAACCUCAGCACAAUAACUCCUCGAAAGCUAAAACCAGUGAGGGUUUUUGUUGCCCAAAGACGGACACAGCAGCCUCUGCACAAAAACCUUCACCCCCACGCUCAAAGUCUCCGUCGCUACAGGACGAGGAAUGCGUUGGGAGUAAGGAGCAAGAAGAAGAGGACGGAUUUAACGAUUUUGAUCUGGACCAUAGCCUCAGCAUUUCAUACCACCUAGAUCUAACCCAGAGCUCCGACAGCAGUGAGGAGGAGCCAAUGAUCUCCCUCCAAGAGAUGAUAGAGAACACAAAGCCUCCAGACACGCCACAGAAAGAGGCCUUCUCAGAGCCCAGCACCCCAGGAUGCCAAAGCUCUCAGUCAAAAACCUGCCUGCUGCCAUCAACCUCAAAGUCAGGAGUGUACAAGAAUAACCUGGACCAGAUGUUGAAGGAGAUUAACAUCAGCAAGAAAGCAAAGGAGAAUGAGGCACAGCUUCUAACCGCUUGCCAGGAGAACCUUUUGAGGUUAGCAGAGUAUGAGGAGGAAGAGGACAGCCAAGCGGAGGAUACAACUGAACACAAAGAGUCUCUGUACCACUUCUCCUUGAUGUACACUGUAAUCAGAGAUGUCCCACCAGGGGAGGUAGUUUUCAACUUGGAAAAGUUUGGCCAGAUCUUUAAUCAGGAAACGCUGCAGCUAAGGCAGUGCCACGUCACUCCACAAGGGACCUCACAGAAAACUCUUCUUUGGUCCAGUCCUGCUCAGCUGCGACUGCACUUAAAUAUUGGCCUGUUUGAGAAAGCUUAUCGUAGCUCACCCUGUCCACCUAAAGUCACCCGCUUCCUUUUCAAGAUGAUGUCGGUCCAUAAUGAAAGGAUUGUGUCGGAUAGGAUCCUUCAAGUCCUUUGUGACAUUGCCUGUUCUGCAGCUUAUCAAAUAGUGAACAACGAUAAUCAGCAAUUUGAGGUGUGGGUCCCCAGUUUGGCCGACGUGACGCUGGUCCUCAUCAACAUGGGUGCUGCAUUUGUAACACUUUUCCCCUUUGAGAGUCUACAGCCAUCGUUCACGGAGGGAGAUCUGCUAGAGGAUGUCUAUGUUAAAAGUGAGAGUCAUUCCAAAAACAAGGAAGAGAUCAUUUUCCCUGAACACAACUGUACAAACAUCUUAAAGUACCUGUCCUACUGCAUGGGCCUGUGCCCUCUUGCCUACAGUGACGAUGAACUGCUGUUGCUGUUAACUGUGGUGGGAAGGAUCAGCCUGGAAACGCAGCGACUCCUCCAGUCAAAUGUAGAAGUGAGCUGUCUACUGUAUGAACUGAUCAACAACAUCAGGGACUGGUCUUCUAUGCUUCCUAGAAUCUGUAAGGCUCUGACCGAUUUGACAGAUGAUCACCACAACAUGUGCCUGCUAGUCCAACUCCUGCCUGACAGUACACGAGGACAAUAUCUCCGCCGCCAUCUAAGCCUCUGCUUUAUCUCCAAGUUGCUGGAUGGAAAUUGCACCUAUUGCCCUAUGGAGGAAGAGCUUCCGCUUGCUGAGUUAAGGCAAUAUCUUCCCAAAAUCCAACCAUCCGCACUUCUCCGAAGUAUACAGCUUAAAGACAAAGAAGAGGACCUGGCCACUCAAGAUCAACAGGCUUACUACCUUUGCUACAGCCUUCUGACUCUCACAAAUGAGGCGUCAAAUUUACAGGUUUUCCGACCUGAUCAGAAGGCACAGCUGCUUGUUUUGUCAUCCAUCCUGGAAACGCACAUUAAAUGUCACAUCAGGGAAAACGAGAAAUGUCUUUAUCGGAGCAAGGUAAAGGACUUGGUAGCCAGGAUCUACACCAAGUGGCAGAUGCUUCUCCAGAAAUCAAGACCUCUGAAUGGUAAGCUGUAUGAUUAUUGGCAGCCUGUGGAAAACUUUAGACACAGUGAAGAGGAUGAAGAUUCGUCGUCUGCAGUUGAAGAUGAAGAAACAAUGAUAAGCGAGGAGAAUGACACUACAAUUUCUGAAAAUGAAGAGGAAGAGAAAGAGGAGGAACAAAUGAGGGUUAAAGAGGACAUGGAAGUAGAUGAAAUUCCAGGUGACAAGGAAGACGAUACAAAGACAAGUGAAGCAGCAGAAGAUGAAGUAACUGGGGACAAACCAAACAGCGCCAGUGAUGCAGCCUUCAACAAUGGAUGAGCAUAUUGAUCCUAAAGAAUGCACAGAAAAUGAGAAUCAGACUGCUGGAAUGGAAGAGAAAUCACCCCCGAUGCCCUCAUGUGAACCUCUGUCACAUGAUGACAUUCUACAAUUUUUCUCUGGAUGUUAAACCCUGUUGCCUUAAAGUUAU